GUUCAGUUCGUGAAUAAAGUCGUCUGUGGCAAUAUCAACAGUUGUGAGAAGAUGUCGCAACAGAAUUUAAAGUUUAUUUGGGUUUUCCUAGCCUUUGUCCUUAAAAGGGUCGAAUUAAUGAAUCUAAAUUCUCUAAUACAGAAGGCAAAUAUAUAUUACCAACAACCUCUUCAAAAUGGUACCCGGUUGGAGUUUCCCUUGGAUAUGAUAGAGGACUUAAAAGUGAAGACAGACAUUAAAGUAAUAAUCCACGGAUUUACAGGUAACCGCUUUCAUACCUCAAUACGACCACUUGGCCAAGCUUACAUGGCCCAGGGAGUUGACAACGUUUUCCUUGUGGAUUGGAGAGAUGCUGCGAAGUUGGAUUACUACACUUCACGAAAAGCUGUGGGCGAUGUUGGUAAACACCUAGGACAACUAUUGGAAAUGUUCUUUGAAAAACACCAGAUAAUGUUGUCCGAAGUCCAUGUGAUUGGCCACAGUCUGGGGGCUCAUAUCGCCGGAAAUAUAGGACGAUAUUUUAAUGGUUUAUUGGGUCGUGUUACUGGUCUAGACCCGGCAUUGCCACUGUUUUUGCCCAAUUCGCCGGAUAGUUUGCACCCGAGUGCAGCCGUCUUCGUUGACGUCAUUCACACCGAUUAUCCUGUGUUUGGUGAUAUAACACCUCGGGGAACUGUUGACUUCUAUCCCAACUUUGGCCAUACACCACAGCGAGGUUGUGAGGGCGUGGACAUUGUAACUGCCAGUAAGUUGAUUGUGGACGCUUACAGUUGUAGUCAUAAUCGUGCUGUCCUCCUUUAUGCAGAGUCCAUUGGUUUGCCGAACAAUUUUCCAUCUAUGCCUUGUACACUAAAAGCCAUAAAAAUGCAUAUGUCCUCAAAAUGUAUGGGCCCAACACCCGGGGUAUCCGUAGAUGAGAUCGGGGAUAGUGUGGUUUAUAUGGGCGAAUAUGUUUCCAAGAGCUCAAGCGGUAUAUUUUAUUUAUCUACUUAUGGAACGCCACCUUUUGGCAUUGGCAUGUACACACCACAGCAUGGAUGAUGUCGUUGAUGGUUGAAUUCGUUAUGGUUGAUGUCUUCGCUACGACGUGUAAUGGGUCUAAAUAGUUUUUCCUUUACCUAAUGUAGAUGGUGCUAUUUAUGUUUGAAGAUAAAUCAAAAUAUAAAUUAUGUUUUGUGUCUUUAUCGUUAAUGUAGAAAAUAGUUUUGAAAACAUUUUAUGUAGAAACUAAUAGACAUCAAUUGUUUAAUAAUAACAACAACUACUGUUUGCCGUCACUAUCA